AUGCAAAAAAUUAAAGAUAGGAAGACCCCUGAAAAAGUUAGGACAACAAAGAAGCAUUUCUCAAUAUCAAAAGAAAUGGCCAACAGAAAAGUGAACAUUCAAAACAUACAUUCAGAAGAUGGCAAAAAUCGUAUGUAUGGAAGCAGACAUUCAGUUUCAUCUAUUUAAAGCAAAUAAAAAAUGAAUGUCUCUAUGAAUAAAGGUUUAUCUCAUAGCUCAUCAUCCUUAUUAAAUGAUUCAGAAUCUGAUAAAAGAUCAUUAAAUUAAUCUAUAAUGUUGAAAGAUAAUUUAGGAAUACUUUAAUAAGGACAGUCUUCUUUUUUUUAAGUUCAAGACAAACUAAUUAUACCUAAUAUAUCCUUUGAAUAAGAUUUAAUUAAUCCCUUAGAUAUGUCAGAUGGGAUGGAAAGAUCAGUUUUGAAAAUAUAAUUUUUAGAUUUUGAACAAAAAUGGGGACUAAAAUAGGACAUUAGUAUUUAAAAAUAAAGUAAUGGAGAUUAAUAACUUAAUUCAUAAAAUAGUGAAGUAUUAUCAUCAUAGAAAUCUUUAAAAAGAUCACGUUCAAGUUAAAAAAAUGUAUUUUCAUCAAAGUUGUAAAUUAAUCAAACAAAAAAAAAUUAAUAAAAUCUUUCUAAUAGUGAAGAUGAGGAUUACAUUGAUAAUUAAUAAGAAGAAAGCAAAUUAAAAAAGAAAUAUGAGAAACUAUCUGAGAGAAAUCCUUUUGAAGAUCCUUACUAUGUAAAAUUAGUCGAUUUACAUGGAUUUGAAAGAUUGCAAUAUGAACUUGAUGUAAUUAUUUCAUUAAUAAUGAGGCUUAUCAUGAUGAUAAAUAAUUUUUAUAAUUAAGAAAAAAACUAGUAUUUUAUUCAUUAUUUAUCCCAAUUUUAUGUAAGAAAAUAGUAUAAAGUGUCUUUUUUAAAAUUUGUAUGUCAUUUUUAAUUCUAUUUAAUGUUACUUUAUAUAUAUACUCAUAAACAAAAUAAGAUUCAUUAUCAACUAAAAAUAUGGAAAAAAGCAUUAUGAUAUGUUUUUUAAUAGAAUUAUGUUUAAGAAUAAUUGCAUCAGGAAUAAUAAUACCAAAAGGUGCAUUCUUUAGAAAUUUUCAAGAUAUUAUGGAUUGUAUUUUAGUAAUUGUUUAUGUGUUAAAUUUAACAUAUCCAGAGACAUUUAUAGUUGAUGUAUCACCACUUAGAGUAAUUACAUUAUUACUUUAUUUAGGAGAUAUUUUUUCUGGAUUAGGAGUAAUGUUAAAAGCUUUAAAAUAAUCAUUCAGAUUUUUACUGGAAGCUCUAAUGAUUGUUGGUUUAUUUUCAGUAUUUUUUGCAAUAUGUGGAGUGUUUUUAUUUUAAGGAUUAUUUAAUUAUAGAUGUCAAUAUGAUAAUGGUGAUGAAACAGAUGGAUGGAUUUAAUGUAAUUAGAAUUCUUGUUUUGAAGAAGGAAUGUCAUGUUAAUAUUCUUCAUUCACUCCUAAACUUCCUACUUCUUUUAAUAAUGUUAUAUAUUCUUAUGGUUAAGUCUUACGUACAAUUACAAUGGAUGAUUGGAGUUGGGUUAUGUUUUUUACAAUGAGAAUAUAUCAUCCUUGGACUUGGCUUUAUUAUUUAUUAAUCAUUUUUGUUUGUGGUUUUUUUGGGUUUAAUUUGGUGAUUGCAGUUAUUAAGAUUCAUUAUGCUGAAGCAACAGAAGAGAAUGCUUAAGAGGAAGAAAGAAAGAAGAUUGAAUAAAAGAUUAAGGAAAAUAGAGAAAUACCAGAAAGAGAUAUUGUAAAUGUUUUUGAUGUUGCAUUUUUACGUUAUAGGGAUUUCUUUCCUGUUAUAUAAAAGUAUAGAUAGGCUUUAAGAACUACUUAUCGUAAUAUUCCAUUAGAAGAAAUAAACAAUGACAAGGGAUAAAAUAAUAAAGCAAGAAUUCUAUCUGCUAAAUAAAAGAAAAAUGAAGAAUAGAUUGAAGAUGUAAAAAAAUCUUUAUAUUAUAUAGAUUAAUUGGAUAAAAAGUAUAUGGAUAUCUAUUUAAAAUUUUACAAUAAAGAAUGUUUUAUUACCAAAGUUUUUAAUUUUAUCAGAAAAAUAGAAAAGAAUUCAUGUUAAAAAAUAUACUGAAGAUGAAAUUGAAUUAUAAAUUUUAGAAAGACUAAAGUCUUUUUAGUUUUCUCAAAUGUAAUCAUGUGUUAAUAAACAAAUUUAAUAAACAUUUACAAGUGAAGGUGAUGUUUUACCAACUUUAAAGUAUUAUUAAAUAUAUUAUUUAUUAGUUUACCUGAUUGUGAGAAAAAAGAAAUAGAAAAAGAAAUUCUUAAUAUGAGAUAUCUAAAACUUCCAAUUGUAUAUCCAGAUAUAAAAGAAACUAAAAUUCAAUAGAUUUUCAAAGAUCAUAAAUAAACUUGUUAAUUUCCUGUUCAUAAAGUAAAAAGGAUUAUUCUCAAUUUUACAGAGAAUAAUGAUAAUGAAACAAACAAUUCAAUAGAAUAACGUUAAAUAAAUUAAAAGUUGAGUAUGAAAUAAAUUUCAAAAUAAAAAUCUUCUUAAAAUGAUUAACAGAUUCCAUUUGUUAUAAAAAAAUAGGAUCAAUAUUUUGUUUAUAUAUAGGGAUAUUAUUUAAAUUAUGAAGGUGUUUAAUUAAAAAUAAAUGCUAAAAUAUAAAAAAAUAGAAUUAAUUAAUCAUCUAAUGAAUUUUAAUAUAGAUUAUUGAGAAAAAAGGAUAUUUAAUAAGCAUUAAUUAAUAAGAAAACUUGGUCUGGUAAUGAUGUAUUAAAAUUAAAUGAAAAGAGAUUAUUUAAUUUUAGAGAUAUUUUAAAAAGAUUAAAUAUAAUUGAUAUAUAGAUUUGGAUGUUGGGUAUAUAUGGAAAAAUUGAUACAAUAAAGAAGUAUUCAUAUAUACUCAUUACAUCUUAAAUUUGUCAAUUAUUUUUUGAUUUUGUAAUAUUGAUAAAUUUUACAUUUCUAUCUUUAUAAGGUAUAGCUAAUUCAGUUACAAUAUCAAAUGAAGAGGAUGUUUCAACAAUAUUUUUAUGUACUGAAUUAAUUCUGAGAUUUAUUGCUUUUUCUUGGAAAGAUAUUGCAAAUAGUCCAGAUUAUGUAUUAUAAUCUUGUAUAGUAAUAUUAAAUUUCAUAGAACUUACAAUGAGUUCAUUAAUGACUAGUUUAAGUGAAUAAAAUUUACGUUUGAUUAGAGGAACAAAAUGUUUACUAUUUUAUAGAGUAUUAAAAUAUAAUAAGAUGGCAGUAGCUAUUGGUCAUAUAGCUUAAAAAACAUUCAAAUAAUAUAUAUACUUAACAUUUUUAAUGUUUUUAGUUAUAUUUAUUUAUGCAAUGAUAGGAAUGGAAAUGUAUGCAGGUGUAUUUGAUUAAACUGAUGCUCUUGGUUAAUUGCAUUCUUAUGAUAAUAUUUUAAAAGCAUUUAUGACCAUAUUCAAUAUUAUGACUAAUGAUGAUUGGUAUGGUGUAUAUGUUAUAGGUGGAAAUAUCAAUUAUGUAUUUGCAGUAAUAUACUCAUAUUCUAUGGUUAUAGUAUUGAAUUAUAUUACAUAUGGAUUAGUAUUAGCUAUAUUAUUAGAUGGAUUUGGAGCAAUUAAUAAAGAAAUGAAUGAAUAAGAAGAAUCAAUUGAAAAAGAUGAAGAAAAAAAUAAUGAAUAGUAAGAAGAUUAAAAUUCUUAAAUUACUGAAGAAUAAGAAAUUUAAGAAUUUUAAUUAAAUUUGAAACCAUUAAUCUCAUAAGGACAUUUAAGUGAUAAUUAACCAAAGAGAACAAAAUAAACACCAAUUACAAAUUUGAUAAAAUCAAUAAGUAUUUAUUGAUUAAUAUAUAAUUAGAAUAAGUGCAUAAGGAUAUUUUAAAAUAAUAUCCUUAAUUAUAUGAAGGUAUUUAAUGUUAAUAAUCAUUAUAUAUAUUUUCAAAAGAGAAUUAUGUGAGAAUAGUAUGUUGUAAAAUAGUAACAUCUAAAUUUUUUAAUUACUUUAUAGAUUUAGUAUUGUAUUUUUCAAUAAUUGUAUUUGCUUUGAAAACUUAUAAUGAUUAUGAAGAGAAUUCAGAAAUAUACCCAGAAGUUUUAUAAUUUUUAGCAAAUAUUCUUUUUUUAUUUGAAAUUGUAAUUGGUAGUAUUGCAAAAGGAAUGUGGAUGAAUAAAGGAUCAUAUAUAACAUAUACAUGGUAAAUAAUUGAUGUUAUAUAUAUUGUAUCAUACUUCUAUCACUUUCUCUCAAAUGGUGAAAAGAAACCAAUUGUAAAUUUCUUUUUGUAUUUUGGUUACUUUAGAGUGAUGAAAUUAAUGUAUAGAUUGUCUUGGUUAGAUAAAUUGAGAUUAGCAUUAGGAAGAUCAUUAGCUGAUAUAUGGAAUGUAUUAAUAACAAUGCUUUCAGUUUGGAUAAUAUUUGGAGUGUAUGGUAUUAUUUUAUAUGAAUAAUAAUUUGGAUAUUGUGAAGAUAAAGUUGAAUUUAAUGUAAAUAAGAAAGAAUGUUUAGAAUAGAAUAGAACUUGGAUUAAUUAUAAACAUAAUUUUGAUAAUAUUACUAUUGCUAUUCCAACAUUAUUUGUAGUUUCAACAUUUGAUGGAUGGGGUGAAAUAUUAUAAAUUGCAGAAAAUAGUUAGAGUUCUGAUUUUGGACCAGUUGCAUUUAAUAGUUAUAUCCCAACAUAUUUCUUUUUCCUUGUAUUUUGUUUUAUUGGAUCAAUGUUUUUCUUAAGUUUAUUUACAGGUGUUUUAUUUGCUAAUUUAAAAGCUAAUUAAAGUAAAAUAGAAAGAUCAGAUAUAACAAAAGCUUAAGUUGAAUUUAUGGAAAUUUCAUAAAUUAUUAUUAAAGAUUUCCCUAUAUAUUCAUCACCUCCUACUUCAACAAUAAGAAGAUUUGCUUCUGAUUUAACUAAUAAUUCUACAAUUUAAAAGACAAUGUUUUGUCUUUUAUUGAUAGAUCUAAUUGUAUUAUUAUUAUUUUACUCUGAAAUGGAUGAAGCAUUUUUCUAAAUUCUUAAUAAUACUCAUAAUGCUUUGAUGUAUUUAUAUAUAAUGUGGAACCUUUUUCUCUUUUUAGCAUUAGGAGUAAAUCGUUAUUUUGAUAAUCAUUGGAGAAGAUUCUAUUUCUUUUUAAUUACAAUUGCAAUAAUAGAUAUUAUUGCAGAUUAUUAAUCAGAUUGGGCAUUAGUUUAUUUUAAAUCAUCACCAUCUGAUGAAGGAUAUCAAUUUUUAAGAUUAUUCUUUGCUCUUCGAUGUUUAAGAAUAAUCUUAAUAUUUUAAGGUUUAAUUAAUUUAUAAAGAUUAAUGAGAGUAAUGGUUUUUGCUAUGCCUUUCUUAGGUAAAAUAUUUUGUAUAUUAAUUAUUACAAUGUUUAUUUUUGCUCUUUUUGGAUGUUAAAUGUAUGGACAUCUUGAAAAAGGUUAAGUAAUGGAUGAUCAAAUCAAUUUUUAAAAUAUUGCAUAAGCUAUGUUAGCAUUAUUCAAAUGUGCUUCAGGAGAUGAUUGGAGAACUAUUAUGACAGAUACUAUGUUUUAUAAUCCUUAUUGUGUAGAAGAUGAUUAAUAUUGUGGAAGCAUAUAUAAUCAAAUCUACUUUUUUUUAUUUAUGUUACUAUCCAAUUAUGUUCUCUUGAAUUUAUUUGUUUUAGGUUUAGUUGAAUAAUUCGAAUAGUUUUUUAUGUUAUAAAAUUCUAUGAUUCAAACUUAUGUAGAAAAUGUUGAUAAAAUCAAAACUAUUUGGUGCAAAUAUUCAUCUGAAACUUAAGGAUAAGCCAUGCAUUACAAAUUUCUUUGUCGUUUUCUAUUAGAUAUAGGAAAACCAUUAGGAGGAGGUAAUGAUGAAAAUCUUUGGGAUGUUGGCAAAUUAGCAUCCUCCUUUAAAAUUUAAUGGUAUUAAUAAUUAUUAUAUAUAUUUUAGUGAUCAUUAUGGAUAUAUUCAAUAUAAUUAAUUAAUGUAUGAACUAUUUCGAGUAUGUUAUCAUGAAGAAGUCUUUAAAAAUGGACCACUCUCUUCUAUUAAGAAAAUCAAAUAAUUCAAUAAAGAAAUGCAAUUAAGAUUGAUGUAUUACAGAAGAAAUAGAUAUUUAUAAAGAACCAAUAUCUCACCUAUUUUACAUCUUAAAGCUAACUUUAAUAUUUUACAUGAUUAUUUAACUGUUCUCAUUCUAUAUAAGGCUUGGGAAGCAUACUCUAAAAAGCUUAUUAAGAAAGUCUGUAUAAAAUAAUAGCAUUUCACAGAAGGAGAUCUAGAUGAAAAAGAUUCAUCAGAAGAUUAAAAAGCUACUAAUAAUAAUUUGUACAUAUUAUACAUCUAUUUGUUUAGUUUAGAUUAAGAUUGUAAUGAAUUUCUGGAUGAGGAAAUAGAAUAAUAAAUUAUCUCCAAUGAUAAUCCUCAAUAAGAAAUUAAAAAACAUUAAAUAACUAAUUGUUCGGAAGAUUUGUAAUCUGAAAAUAUUCCAACCUACAGAUGGUAAAGAGAUCUAUAAGUUGAUUAAGUUUUUGAAAGUGCUAUUAUAUCCCCAAAUCAAUCUUAUAGAAAAAUGAAUUUAUGA